AUGGUGAAUGGAAUAAUAAAGAAAUUGCCGGAGGAUUUGGUCAGUAAUAUACUAGUAAGGUUUCCAGUAAAAUCCCUUGUACGAUUAAAAUGCAUCUCUAAAAGUUGGUACGCUCUCAUACAAUCCACCACAUUUAUACAUCUUCAUCUCAACUAUCAAACAACCAUAGAACAUGAAUUCAUUCUCUUCAAGCAUUCCAUCAAAGAAGCACCAAAUGGAUUUAUAAAUGUUUUGUCUUUUCUUUCUGGUGAUGAUGAUGCUUUUAACCCUCUUUUUCCAGAUAUAAACAUAACAUAUAUGUCCUCCAAUUUUAAUUGUACUUUUUAUCCACUUGUUGGUCCUUGUCAUGGUUUGAUUGUAUUAACAGAUUUGACAACCAUAAUCUUAUUCAAUCCAGCAACUAGAAAUUUCAGAUUGAUCCCACCUAGCCCUUUUGGUUGUCCACAAGGUUUUCAUCGUUCCGUUGAAGGGAUUGGAUUUGGCUUCGACUCCAUUGCAAAAUACUAUAAAAUUGUUAGGAUUUCUGAAGUAUUUUGGAAUCCUUGGGAUGAUUAUCCUGGUCCAAAAGAAAGUAAAAUUGAUGUUUAUGAUUUUAGCAUGGAUUGUUGGAGAGAAGUGGAGCAUGUAAAUUUGCCAUUGAUUUAUUGGUUACCUUGUUCUGAGAUGUUAUACAAGGAAGUGGUUCAUUGGUUUGCAACUACAGAUAUUUCGAUGGUUAUUCUUUGUUUUGACAUGUGCACUGAGAUUUUUCGUAUUAUAAAAAUGCCUGAGGUUUGUAAUGUUCUAACCAAUGAGCAAUAUUAUGGUCUCGUAAUAUUAAGGGAGUGUCUGACAUUGAUUUGUUACCCUAACCCAAUGUCUCCUAUUGAUCCAAUAAAAGAUAAAGUGCAUGUUUGGGUGAUGGAGGAGUACGGUGUAAGCAAGUCAUGGAUAUUGAAAAACACAAUCAGAGUUGUUCCUGUUGAAUCACCGCUAGCUGUUUGGAAGAAUAAUAUAUUGCUUUUUGAAAGCAAAAAUGGACAUGUUAUUUCAUAUGAUAUUAAUUCCAAUGAAGAAAAGGAACAUAUUUUACAUGGUUUUCUCGCAAGUUUGAGUAUUAUAGUUUACAAGGAAUGCUUAACUUCAAUUCCACGAGGUAGCCAAAACAGUUCAAAAGUACAAAACUUUUAG